CGCUGACAAACUUCUGCCUCUUAAAUGGAUAAAAUUCCCUGCAGGAGAGGCGGUGUUCUAAAUUUAAAUAUUAAAAGAAACAGGGGAUUGAAGUAAGAUAAAGGCGGGCAGCCUGUCCCUCCCUGCAAGGAAGAAUGAAAUCGUGGGCAAGGUUAUUAAUAUGAAGGGCAACAUAACUGAUGUAUGAUAAUUUUUCUAUCGUUCCCCAAACAUAAUUGUUCCCUCCUCUCCUGCUACACGAAACAAAGAUAUCAUGACUAUCAGUUCAACCUCCAGCCGAUGCAAUAAGCCAAAGUCCUUUUCACCCUGUCUCCUCCUCCUACUCCCGUACGAGCUACGCCAUCAAAUAUACAACGCGAGCUUGACUGCCAGUCAUCCCAUAGACCGACCCCCAUAACAAGCGACAAACCUCCCUUAGCCCUUCCCUCCUCGCAACAUGCACGCAAAUACAUGACGAAGCGACUCCGGUUCUCUACAGGGAGAACGGGUUCAUCCUCCGUAACAUACCGCGUGAUACCAUAUGGCUCGAUGAAAUCGGAGCCCGAAACGUCUCACUUCUGAAACGCGUGCAGUUUUUCGUCGAUGGGGGUCCGAUAAUCAUGACCGAAUUUGGCGGGGUGGUGAGUGACGGUCAGGAACAGCGCUUACGGGCUCUGCUGCGCCGAUUAACCAGGGAUGCGAAGGGGUUGAGGUACCUUCGUGUUCGUUUGGCUGAGUUGGGUGAGAGGGAUUAUGAGUGCUAUGAAUGUGAUGAGGAAGGGUAUGGGAUGCAGCCGAGAUGGGGAUGGAGAGAAGAUAGGCAGUUCAUGUUGGAGGUAGGGAGGAUGAGCGGGUUGACGGAGCUUGUGCUUGAUGGGGCGUUUGAAACGACCUGGAUGGGAUAUUUGAGGAAGCAAAUGGGUGAUAAAGUAGAGGUACUGUACAAUACGUGAGUUGUGACAGUAGUGGAUGAGUGACUGAGGGCUCUUUCAUCGAGCGUAUUUGGUUGGAAAGUUGGGUUAUAUAGCCCAAAUGCAGAGGAGUGGUUGGUUCCGAUUUGUUAUGUAAAAUCAGCAAAGGAUGACCGUCAGGUUGUGCCAUGCUGCUUGGUGUUUUCGAAACGCGAAAUCCUCGCUGGCUAGCAUCUCCUACUGGAUGAACCUCCACUUUCAACACAAAGCACUCGGGGCCCUGCUGUAGGGGGUUUUAUUUUUCAUUUUUAUAUGAGCCGGAUCUCUGUAGGAUAUCAUUGAGAUGAGGAGUUUGAGCCUUCAGAUACUUCAGAUACUUCAACGGCUCUUGAAGUACAGGAUCUGAGAUGAAUACAAUGAACCCCAAGGAUACAUUUUCAUCGCCACGACAUAUCUAUUUAGAAUUAGCAUUGGUGAUGUCAAUUCCAUUGAUUUUUCAUACAUCACCGCGGAUAUCAGAAUACUCUGAGAAACAAUCAGCUUGGCCGAUCAAAUACAGGCCAUUGAUGGAGGUAUGGGACUGGACAUCGCGAACCUUGUCGACUGUAGAUUGACACGUGGGCUUGCCAUCACCAGAAGUGGCGGGGUUGGGUUUAAUAUCCUUGGCUAUGUUAGCUGUGCUUCCUCAAGUAGGCGAAGAAUAGCAGACUCACCAAUGCAAGAGAUUGCGAGGAUGCGUGGAACCCAGUUUGGAUAUCCACGGAAUGUAGGUUGGGGGAAGUUGGAUCCUUAUAUGGCAAUAAUAGCUAUAAGCUAGCUAGACACACUCGUUUCGGACUGGAGCUGGUUGUGUCUUGUCUAUGCUGCAUAAGCUUGGAUUUAAUAUAGUUAGCUCAAGUGGCAUUUCUGAUCCAGUGGAAAACCUCGAGCAGCAUGUGGACCCCUUUUUAAUGAAUCGUGCUAGGUAAGAGUUGUUAAAGAUUGUGCUACAAGGCUUAAAUAAGUAGCAUUGUCCAACAGUUUGUUCAGCAUAUCCC